AAGAAAUCUAACGCUCGCGUGCAGAAGGCCGAAGUAGCGCAGAUCUGCGAUUUUUCGCGCAAAAUUAUCGCAAAAUAUCUUCAUCAUCAUCGUGCUGAUCCUUUUCGAAAACGAAAGUUGAGAGAACGGUCAAGAGUGACGAUUGAUCGGAGAUAGAAGAGGAAGAAUAAGAAAAAAGAAAAAGGGAAGACCAUUUUCGCUUUCGUUGGAGUGUCACGAUUGUAGUGUGUGUUACGAUUUUUGGACGAACGUUGAUCAAUUGAGACGUAAUCAACGCGUGAUAAUUAGAGGAGAGGAGGCUAUCACCUGAAAGUGGGUAGUAGACUUUGCUCCGGAUUUCCGUCCAAAAUAGACCCGAGGACAGUUUACACGGCAACAUGUCUAUUAUAAUGCAAUAUAUAGACCGGUUCCAUAAUAUGCUGGACAAACACGCAGACACAAGGACAACUAAUUGGCUAUUGAUGAGUUCACCUUUCCCCACACUGUUGAUCUGUCUCAGCUAUGUCUAUAUCGUUAAAGUACUCGGACCGAAGAUCAUGGAGAAUCGGAAACCCUUUCAGCUAAAGAACACUUUGGUAGUCUACAAUUUGUUCCAAGUGAUCUUCUCCGCAUGGCUCUUCUAUGAGUGUCUGAUGGGCGGAUGGUGGGACCACUAUAGUUUCCGCUGCCAGCCGGUGGAUUAUUCCAACAGCCCCACCGCGAUAAGGAUAGGGAUAUCCGGAUGGCUGACUGGAGACUAUUCUCUAAGAUGUCAACCUGUAGACUACAGCGACAGACCCGAAGUACUGAGGAUGGUCCACGCAAGCUGGUGGUAUUACUUCUCGAAAUUUACCGAAUUCAUGGACACGAUCUUUUUCGUGUUAAGAAAGAAGAAUAAUCAUGUAUCCACGCUACAUGUGAUCCAUCACGGUUGCAUGCCCAUGUCGGUCUGGUUCGGUGUCAAGUUCACACCAGGUGGCCACUCGACCUUCUUCGGUUUGUUGAACACCUUCGUCCACAUCGUGAUGUAUACGUAUUAUCUUCUGGCGGCGAUGGGUCCAAAGGUGCAGCCGUACCUCUGGUGGAAGAAGUACUUGACCGCCUUCCAGAUGCUGCAAUUCAUCGCCAUCAUGGUUCACGCCUUCCAGUUACUCUUCAUCCAGUGCAAUUAUCCAAAGGCGUUUGUCUGGUGGAUCGGUCUGCACGCCGUGAUGUUCUUCUUCUUGUUCAAGGAGUUCUACCAGCAAAGCUACCAAGAUAAUAAACCCAGGAAACAGGAUAGAGCGGCAAUGAUGAAUGGCGUCGCCAAGGACGAUCAUCAAUCGAAGGGCAAACAUGCGAAUGGCAUCGCGAAUGGCGUUGCGAAUGGCGUCGCAAACGGCGUCGCGAACGGCGUCGCUAACGGUUUCGCAAACGGCUCCUCGCCCAGGAGAAGGGAUGCUGCCGAUUAUUAUGUGAAAGGCGAAAGCCUAGCGACGGAGCUCAAUCUCCGAAAACCGUUCGCAACGAAAGUAGAGUGACCCUCGAGCGAGUGCA